UAUAUCUAUCCGAUACAAAGAUUAAUAAACAGCAAAGAGAAUCUUGGAAAGUUGUAUUUUUCUUUGGCUUUGUCAGAUGUUCCAAGGUUUGUUGUACCAGUCUAUAAACUGUGGUUGUACUUAAACAAGGCUUGAUUUGCAGGAAUGCACCAAUCUUGUCAAGUUUUGUUAAAUAUAGAAUACAUUUUGUGCCACAAUGCAUGCACUAUAUUUAUUGUUGUCGUCUUUGUAACUACUAUGUUGUUCGCGGUGACUAGAGCGUGGUCAUGAACUGCAGGACCGUGUGUGUUGAAAAAACUCAGUUAUUCUCAAUUUCAGGCACUUUCAAAGCGCGGUUCCCAAAUUUGUUGGCAGACAUUUCCUCCGUUUCCAACCAUAAAACUGACGUUACGUUAUUUGACGGAUUUCUAUUCUUUUUGGGUCGGGGUUAGGGUUAGGGUUAGGGUUAGGGUUAGGGUUAGGGUUAGGGUUAGGGGUUAGAGUAUGGGUAGGGCUUGAGUUAGUUACAUAGCCAUUUAACACCUCUUCCAUCUUCCGAAAAUGACCUCCCGAUGGAAACAAAGUACUGAACAUAAACUCGUAAUUUUGCAGUGUUUUACUAAUAUAGCCAACGAAUUAAACGUAUUUCUUAAAAUCUUUAAUAAAUAAUUCGUCAAAUAUCUUGGUCACUACGAGUUUCUGUUCAGUACUUCGGUAUUUCAGUAAGCUGAUUGCGAUGCAUAAUAUUCCAAAUUUAGAAACGUAAUUAGCCAUUUCCCAAUCGAGCAGAGAACUGGAUUUAGUCGCUUGUUUGGAGGGACAAAAAAACAAUAUGCCGAAUAUGGCAUCUAGAAAGUUUUCCUACAUUCCUAAAGUUAUUUGUGCAGACUGAAACGCAACAAUUAUAAUAGGGCAUCUUUUAAUAUAUAUUUAGCUUGCUCACUAUAACUUUUUGUCCCUCCAAACGUCUCUCCAAACAUCAACUAGACCCAGUCUUCUGCUCGAUUGGGAAAUGGCUAAUUGGGAAUUGAAUGUUCACAACAAACGUGGGAAUUGCGCUUUGAAACGUGGCCCGAAAUCGACAAUAAGAAAGUCAAUGCUCUCAACCAAUUAGUUUCGCCAGGGAUUUAGUAGCUAACGGGGAAUUGGAAAGACCAGUCACACAAUUUAACGAAAGCAAUUUCAUAGCGAAUAUAAGAUGAACAAACGAUACUGCCAAUGUCGGUUUAUUUCAGACAUGUUAAUUCAACCAAUAGGAAUUCAGUAAUUUUAUCAAAGAAUACAAAACAAACAAAACCUAUAAUCCUCGCAAAGUUUGCCAUGAUUGUAGCCGUCCAGGGAGGCACACAUUAUAUUUACAUUCUACCAGUGAUGCUGUUUUUUCUUUUCAGUUCAAAACUAGUUGUAAAUCUCCUGAAAGCAGAUGAACUGCCUGAGGCCAAGGAUGAUCACCCAAGAGUUUAUGUCACAGUCGAUCUCCUACAUAACACAAACGUCAACACACGAAAUCAAGAAUUAAAAUCCAACGUUCAACAAGGGACAUACGCGCCGAACUUUAACGAGAGACUGGAGUUUGAUGUAUCAAGUGUGAAGGUCCAGGAGACAUCUCUACGAUUUAUCGUCUGGUAUGUGGAUAGUUUUUCACAAGGAGAGUGCCUGGGUAUGGUGGGGCAUAAUCUUGAUCAACUGACGGACCAGGAAAUUAUUUCAAAUAAAGAGACCAUUAUUUGUAAAGAUAUCCAACGCAUAUCACGGGUAAGAGUCUAAAACUAAAGCGGGAAAAUAUUUGCCCGACAUUAAUGGAAAUUGCCCAAAAUUAUCCUCGUAGUUUCUCCGUCUGAUAUCCAUAAUUAUUUUGCCGACGAAUAGAGGUUGCUACUGCAGAUUUGAAAGAUAUAUCAGGCAAAACAUACUGUAACAAUUGAAUAUUAACCAAAUGUUACUAUGAUAUGUGUAAAAGGAAUAUUCUUUGGGGGUGUUUACCGAUGAUCCCGGUGUGUCGGGACAAGAUGGGUUUAAUGAAUAGAAGGUAAAUUGAAGGAACACAACUCCUAAUCAAUGAACUAAACAAGUUUCAAUCUGUCAUUUCAAUCUAGCGAAUGCUCGAACUUAAGUCGGAAUCUGCCCGACUGAACACUGACUGGGCGGGGGAGGGAGGUUGUAGGGGGCGGGUCUGUGAUAUUCAAUAAUUUAAUUUCUCGGGUAAGAAAACUUCCAAAUCACGACUUUAAUUAAGAAUAAUAAACCUCGAAGACCAGUUCGGGCCAUUUGAAAUUUAAAUUGCUAAAUUUCACUAAUUUGUUAAAAUACUAGAUUCCCCUUAUUACGUUUUCGUAGCGCUUUGCAUUGUGGUUAUAGUGGUAUCACUGAUAAAGAUAGCGGCCUCGAAUGAAAAUAUUGAAUGUUUUCGCGACUAUCGCGCACCUGACCCUAGCUUUUUUUAAAAGUUCUUGCACGGGUCAGGACAAAAAAUAAGCCAUCUUGAAUAUCAGUGAUACCACUAUAACCACAAAGGCAAAGUGCAUAAAAUGGCAUUUCAAUUCAGAGACUCAAGAUUUCAAACUUCAGCGCUAACCUUUGACUAUUGGAGCCAUGGCAUAAGCUUUUUGUUUUAGUCAGACCUUCACCCUGCUUGUACUUUCUGAUCAAUUUUCGGAUACAUAUUCCAGUAAAUAAUAGAAAUUUUAGGACUCCUUGGUAAAGCCCUCUUUAUUUUGUAUUUUCUAGGAUUUUCAAGAUCACAAUAAUAACAAUGCGUACGGUCAUUACGGAGCAGUCUUGUUUUCACUCACCUAUACACAAACAACAAAACGACUCACAGUUGUAUUAUUCAAAGCUCAGAAUCUCAACCUUACAUCAGAUGACAAUCAAGGUACGUUCAGACCGUCCUCAAACGUCUGCGUAUCGACUGCUUGUAUUUGAAAUACUGGAAAUAGUGUCUUCACGAAGCUCUAGGGAAAAGUAAAAAAAAUUACAAAGUGCAAACUCAGUAGAACUCCUUCUUGUCACAAAGAAAAAGCGUUGAAAUUCCUGCAUGAGCUUAUACUUUUAGUUGUUUCCUUGUAUCUAGUAAAUGCUUGUUUUUCUCGCACUUACAACACAAUUAUAUAAAUUUUACUCACAAUAUUUUGUCAGACAUUUUCUCCGCCAUUUUACGUAGACUCGCGCAUGUACUUGAUGUUUGACCGCGGUGUUGGUGUGUUCCAGGACCAUGAUUUUGAGAGAUGAGCGAGGAGGAUUAUAUCCUCUCAACGUUUUACUGUAAAGCUCGUUUAAACCCAACAAUGUUAGCCCAACAUCAUGCAACAAUGCUGAAAUAUUUGUUUUAACCAUUUGCCUUGAUAAUUUGAGUUUAUUCAACCAAAUUUGAAAAUAUUUGCUUUAGAGGUUUUAAGAGUGGUAUUUAUUAUAACAAUUUCUUUAAAAGUAUUACUUGAAAAUUUAUGGAUUGCGUUUGAACGGACAGGUGUAUUGCUGCAGCAUGCGCGGCGGCAUUACAUGCCCCGUCUCUCACCUUCUCCCUGAAAUUUCGCCCCCUCCCCCCCACCGCUAUAGGAAAAUCUGAAAAUCCGCCUACGCCUCCAGCCUUGCAAUAUGUCCCCCAAACGGCCUAACAUUUCUAUGUUUUGCAGGUAUUUACGCAGAGGUUACUAUCAUUUAUAUGAAAAAGAACAGACGAAAGAGAAAAGUGACGCGCUCCAUGUCGGGAACGAACAAUCCAAUUUACAACGAAGCCAUUCUGUUUGAUCUGAGUGACCUUGAUAUAGCGAAUAUGAAACUUCAGAUUACUCUAAAACAAAAACGAACAGAUAAAGCAGAUAUAGCUUUAGGACGAGUGCUAAUGGGAAAUGAUGUACAUGACAGUGACGCUAAACUGCAUUGGAAUAACGCAAUGAAUGCAAAUAAGGCAGUUGCUCAGUGGCAUGGUUUACGGCAAUGUCAGUCCUAUAACGCCACUAACAGGAGACGAUUGCGAGGUCGACUGAGUUGCAGCGAGAAUGAAGUGCUGACAGAUUGUAGCUCUUCCGAUGAGUAG